AUGGAGCUGGAAUCGGAGAAAACUGCUACUUAUCCUUUUGGAACCUUCAACCUGUCUACCACGUCUUGCAUGGCGUAUCCUCGGGCGUUGGACGAGCCGGUGGCUAGACAAGAUGUUACUUCCCGCCCUGCUUGCACAGAUCUCAUCCACUCUUGCGUCCGCGACAUGCUACAAACGAUGAACGCUGCUCCAUGCGUUGAUGCUCGAUCACCAAAGAGGAUGUCCCUUGCGCAGUUUCUGGCUUCCGGUCGACGACUGGCCGAAACUUUCAACACCACGACGGCUUGUACAUGCAGCUCAGCGUUCCCAGUGGCGUAUUUGCUGAGCACCGCGUUUCAGAUGUUUAGGAGUGCGGUUGAAAGCCUGCUGCCCAAGGAACCCACUAUCGCUCAAAGGCGGGAACACCCUGCCAAGCUGCAGUCGUUGAGGACUGAGUUGGAGAAGAUCUCGAAGCUGGCGGAUUCUUUCAAUGCCUUGUACUGCCAGCCCACGAGCCGCGAUGCUGGGCAGAGCCAGCUUUUGAAAUAUCGUCUGAGUGUGGAUUUGAAGUAUUGUCUGGAUGAUCUUGAUGAGCGGGCGGGGUGGGGUGGUUGA